CGCGCGCCCGUCGCUCGGGUCGCUAAUCGAUCGAUUUAACCCCCGACUGUCGCAUCGAGUCGAAUAAAAUCGGAAUAUCAAUAAAAACCUCAACUAAUUUCCUUUUAAUCACAAUCGAUAUUCGAAAAUUUUAACCGGGAACGCGUUGUGGACGUCACUAUGACAUUGUUCCAUAUUUAAAAUGAAACUAGGUUGUGAGAGUGCUAAGGAUCGGGUGGCAAAACAGGGAUAUUAAUAAAAAAAUAAAAAUAGGGUGUUUGCACAUCGUCGGGGCGAACAGCUUGGUGAUGGUAUGAGUGCGUGAUGCCCUAGUGUGUGGUGGCAGUGGACGUGGCGUGAAGCAGAGGCUGAGACAUGGCUGACCCCGACGCUUUUGAUGAUGAGAAGCUGGUGGUGGGGGGUCCGAACCAGCGCAACUGGCGAGGGAUCCUCAUCGCACUGCUGGUCAUCGUGUUGGUGUUGGCCCUGAUCGUCACGUCGGUCGUGCUGUUGACCCCCCCGGAUGAGGGCCCCCGCGUCCGGGGCCGCAGGCUCAAGGUCCAAGACUUGCUGAGUGACGACUUGGUGCCUGUGCGGUGGAACGGCAGCUGGAUUUCUGGGGAUGAGUACAUAUUCCGCGACGCGUGGGGCGGCAUCAGCCUCAUGUUCGCUGCCAACCAGACCUCAAAAACACUCAUGCCUAACACUACUUAUAGAGUGUUGGAGCCGGCAUACUUCUCUCUAUCAGCUGACCGGAGGUUCCUCCUCCUGGCUCAGAACGUUCGCAAGCAGUACCGGUACUCCUACCUCGCUCGGUACACAGUCUACGACAUACUUACCACAGAAUCGUACCCGCUGACGCCUUUGCCUGACGAAGGCAACGGCGUGAUCACGGAGGGCCCGCAGCUGAUGCUGGCGGAGUGGACGCCCAAGGGUCACGGGCUGGUCACCGUGAAGGACUGUGACAUCUUCUACCGGCCCGCGCCGCGCUCCUCUACUGGCUACAGGGUCACUGACAAUGGCGCGCCACAUACCCUGUACAACGGAGUACCUGAUUGGUUGUAUGAAGUAGAGGUCCUCAAGUCACGGUCGGCCUUGUGGAUGUCAGCUGACGGCCACAUGGUGCUGUAUGCCACCUUCAACGACAGCCUGGUGCACGAGCAGAAGUAUCCCUGGUACGGAGCCGCGCUGGACACUGAUGACCCCACCAAGACAUACCCGGAGAUCAGAAGCGUGCGGUACCCGAAACCGGGCACAAACAACCCGACGGUCUCGCUGACGGUGGCAGACAUCGCAGACCCCAAGCACAUCCGCACCAGACACCUGACACCACCCAAAAUCAUUCUUGAAGAAGGAGACUACUACUUCACGAGCGCGCAAUGGGUGUCCCUGACGGAGGUGUGCGUGGUGUGGCUGACUCGGCUGCAGAACCUAUCAGUCGUGUCCGUCUGCAAGAGCCCCAUGUGGUACUGCCAGGAGGUAUACAGGAUAUCCUCAAGCUCAGAAGGCUGGGUGGAGUCGGCGCCGGCGCCGCUCUGGUCGGCGGGCGGCGGCGCGUUGGUCACUCUCGCGCCCAUCCGCGACGGCCCAGCGGGGCUGUUCCGCCACGUGGUCAGGACGGAGCACAACGCCCACGGGCCCAGGGCGCUCCCGCUCACGCACGGCAGCUUCGAUGUCGUCAAGCUGCUGGCGUGGGACCAUGCCAAUCAACACAUAUACUACCUGGGCAUACCGGAGGGUAAACCAGGACAGCAGCACCUGUACAGAGUGUCGGCGGAGGCCCCGCGGCCGGGGUCGCCGCAGAAGUUGCCUUAUUGUGUCACUUGUAACUCACAGCCGUCUCCAUCAAUAAACCUGGAGUACUAUGGCAACCUGGCCUCGUCAGGAGACAGCACGUGGGACGGUGACUGGAUGGACGAAGAGAUGGCCACCUCGCCGGCUCCCGUUAAGAAGAAGAAGAAGAAGCAACCUGAAACCAAGCCGACGAACGUGGCGUGCCUGUACCACGAGGCGCACUUCAGCCCUUCGGCAGCGUACUUCGUGCUAGAGUGUCUCGGGCCAGGAGUGCCCACCUCCAGCCUGCACCGGACCGCGCUGCCCGAGCCCCGGCUACUCAGCCACUUGGAGAACAAUACUGCGGUUAAGGAACGUCUAUCAGCGAUAGCACUACCGACGCCGAGGACGUUCUCUGUGCAACUGUCGAGCGGGCACGCGGCCAGGGUACGGCUGCUGAUGCCGCCGGGGCUGCGAGAAGACGAGGUCACCAAGUACCCGCUCCUGCUCAAAGUACACGGCGCGCCAGGCACUCAGCUAGUGACAGAGCGCUGGUCGCUAGGCUGGGGGGCGCUAGCGGCCGGCGCGGGCGCAGUGUUGGCCGCGGUGGACGCGCGCGGCGCCGGCGGCCGCGGAUUGGGCGCGCACCACACACUGCAUCGGAGACUCGGCACUGUCGAGCUGCAGGAUCAACUUGAAGUCGCUGAGUAUCUCCGCGAUUCCCUCCACUUCAUCGACGCGCGGCGCGUGGCGGUGUGGGGCCGAGCUCACGGCGGCUUCCUGGCGGCGUUGGCGCUUGCCAGCCCGCUCAAUGUGUUCCACUGCGGCAUUGCCAUCACGCCCAUUGUGCGCUGGCGCUAUUAUGCAUCAGCAUACGCGGAGCGUUACAUGGGCUUCCCGAACGCAACGGGAAAUUACCGCGGGUACGCUGACGCUGACGUCACGAAGCAGGCCUCCGCCCUUCACGACAAAAUGCUGCUGCUAGUGCACGGCACUGCCGACGACAACGUGCACGUGCAGCAGACGAUGGCGCUGGCUCGCUCGCUGGCUGACCAGGGCAGCAUGUUUAGACAACAGAUCUAUCCGGAUGAGGGUCACAGCCUGGAGGGCGUGAAGCGGCACCUCUAUAGAACCAUGUCGUCCUUCCUCGACGACUGCUUCCGAAAGCAGGUGCCUCCGGAGACGAAGGCGGGACUCCGCAACGGCGGAAACCUCGACUGAGACACGUGGAGUGACGAGGAGUUGAACUCUUGGUAACGUAAACAGAUAGACGAUCACAAAUUAGAAGAUAACGUUGCAAAUACAAUCGUAGUACAAUUUCUCCAUAUCCAAUACACGUCUACUGCCAAAGAGUGCAUACUCUUCAACCAUGAACUUUGUGAUAUAAUGUUGAUUAAUAUUAAUACAUGCAUUGGUCGAAAGUGUUUUUGGAAUUGGCUUCGAAGGGUAUGGGCGUACCCGGAGUAUGGGCGUAUCCGGAGUAUGGGCGUACCCAGAGGAAGGUCGUACACAGAGUAUGAGUAUACCCGGAGUAUGAGUGUACUCAGAAUAUGGGCGUACUAGCUAUGGGCCGGAGUUUGGGUGAACUAAUGCAGUAUAAUUUUCAACAUCAAUCCAUGCUCGGUGAUGUAUCACUGUGUUUGGCUGAAAUUUCAAAAAAAUACAGGAGUUGUUGUUUUUGGUGAAUCACAAUCGCAAAAAUAAAGAUAGUGGUAGAUGUUGAAAGUAACCAUUAAAGAAGCAAAACUUACCUAGUUAUUUUUUUGAAAUUACUCCUCUCGGGAUGAGUCAAUAAGGUAGACUCUUGUGCCCAUCCACUAUAUACCACAAAAAAUAAUAAUGUUUUUGUUGGGACAUACUUCCUUAGGCCUCAGAAAAAAACUUGUUAUAAAAUUAUAUUGCUUCUAAGGAAUGUACUAAGAUGUGGUGUGAAGAAUCGUUUUUGCAUUUGCCUUUGCAUGAAACAGAAAAUGUGGAAAGGACUAUACUUACCCUAAAACACUUUUGGCUCAAGACAGACAAUUUAGUGUGAAAGAAUAUUGUGAUUUCAUCAUUAAGAAUUCAGUGAAAAAUAAGAGACCAAGAAUUUGUCUGAAAAUGUGAAAUUCGGUAAAAAUCUCCAAGAUUUUCUCUAUUCGAAGGAAGUUCUGUUGUAUGAAAAAUUAGCGAGGAAUUUUCAAAAUUCUUCUUGUAACGCGAUUUUCAUCUAGUGACAAAUAAAGGAAUUGAAUUGUAGAUCUUUAGUCAAUAUCGUUUGUGAUCUUAGUAGUAACUUCAUUGUAAUGUUCAUCACGUUAAGUAGACGCAGAGUAUUGUUAAAAAAGGCAUUGGUUGUGUAUAGACAUAACCGAAUUGUAGGACUACGCAUUUUAUACCUGAAAAUAAAGCCUGUCUUAGACGUCCCUAACAAAUAAACCCAGUCGGUAUAAAUUACAAAUGUUUACUUGAUCGCUUGAGACAUUAAGAACAAGUUACAUAUUAGUUUUCAAGGGACGUAUACGAUUGCUUUAAAUAAUACAUUUUAAAACUAUUUUUGAACUCAUUAUUCAAGAUAUAUUAGUAUUUACUCCAUCUCAAAUAAAGACGUAGUCCUACUUUGAUAAAAACGAACCAAACCUAGCUUAUAAUUUGGCUCAAUUCGAGGCCAAUUGAAACGCUUUAUUGUGACGUGACGUGAUCGUCAAAGCUCGUGAUUGGCCGAAUGUGGAACCAAUCAACGCAGGUCGCACGUUAUGCAUAAAAAGUUUAUCAUAUUCGAAAAUGGUAAAGUGUAAUUUCUAAAUGACAAAUAAUUGUACAGUAUAAGGUUUCCGAGUUAGAAAUAUACAAUUGAAUAUUUAUGCGUAUCUUAAAAAGUGUGCUUUGGGGAUGAUCGAAUGGACUGGACGUUUGUUUCAACCAAAUAAAAUUACCUACUUAAGUUCGAGUGACAUGAUAGCGUUUACGCUACCGUUAUUAUACCGGUAUAAAAUUACGGUACUUACCGAUUUCCUAUUGGUCCGUAAAAUAGGUACCGUAUUUUUAUACCGGUAUGUAACCUUAACCUAUUUAAGCCUUGCUACGUGCUUCCCCUUUUGUUAUUAAGGUCAUUAUUAUAUUGAUUUUGACGCCAUCGACUUGUUUUUUUGUAGAUUGCUUAUGUGCAGUCCAUCUGAUUAUACCCUAAGAAUAUUCGUUCAUAUAUAUUGGCCGAUGCACUGUUGCUGCCAUCAAAUAGAGGCAUUAUAACCACGGGAUAGAGGAAAGAUAGUGAAAAGGCCUUAACGCGCUUUUCAAAUUCCAUAGCCACUAUACCGGCAAUGUAUUAUUUUAUGUUAUAAUUUUAUCAUUACUUUUCGAAAGAUACUGCAUACAAAAGUAUUUUUUGAUAAAUACGAGUAGCCGAUCAUACUAAGGUUUAGCUUUCCUGUGAUAAGGACUAUUUGACUUAUUUUC